UUUUCGGCUCUGAGGAGGUCCCCGCCCAACCUUCAAAAUUUUGUCCAAAAGCAGACAAGAGGAUCGCCCCGCGCUGAGCCGGCUGGUGGGCAGCAGGAGGCGCCUGAUCGCCGCCGGGGCGCUGGGGGUGGUGAUGGUGCUGCUUCUGGUCAUCCUCAUCCCGGUGCUGGUGAGCUCGGCCGGCACGUCGGCGCACUACGAGAUGCUGGGCACCUGCCGCAUGGUCUGCGACCCCUACGGGGGCACCAAGGCGCCCAGCACGGCCGCCACGCCCGACCGCGGCCUCAUGCAGUCCCUGCCCACCUUCAUCCAGGGCCCCAAAGGCGAAGCCGGCAGGCCCGGGAAGGCGGGCCCGCGUGGGCCCCCUGGCGAGCCGGGGCCGCCGGGCCCCGUGGGGCCCCCGGGCGAGAAGGGAGAGCCGGGGCGCCAAGGCCUGCCGGGGCCGCCCGGGGCACCCGGCCUGAACGCGGCUGGGGCCAUCAGCGCUGCCACCUACAGCACGGUGCCCAAGAUCGCCUUCUACGCCGGCCUCAAGAGGCAGCACGAAGGCUACGAGGUGCUUAAGUUCGACGACGUGGUCACCAACCUGGGGAACCACUACGACCCCACAACGGGCAAGUUCACCUGCUCCAUUCCGGGCAUCUACUUCUUCACCUACCACGUCCUGAUGCGCGGAGGGGACGGCACCAGCAUGUGGGCUGAUCUCUGCAAAAACAACCAGGUCCGUGCUAGUGCAAUUGCCCAAGAUGCUGAUCAAAAUUACGACUAUGCCAGUAACAGUGUGGUUCUUCACCUGGAGCCAGGAGAUGAAGUCUAUAUCAAAUUAGAUGGUGGGAAAGCCCACGGAGGAAACAACAACAAAUACAGCACGUUUUCUGGAUUUAUUAUUUAUGCUGACUGAUAAUGCAGAAACUAAGUUUAUUAUUCUGAGUUUGAACACUGGAUUCGUAUGGCUAACGUCAGUGAAUCAAGGAUCCCAGGGGAUGCCGAUGGCAAGGGCACCUCAGUUGUGUAUAUGUGGGGGAAUCAAAUGCUACCUGACUCACAUCUGUAUCGCUCAGAAACAUUAUGUAAAAAUAUAUUUAAAGCAAGAUAAGCAGAUGUGUGAUCCACUACCGCCAAAGCAAAUACUCCUUAUUGUUAGUGUCCAUGUGAAUGAAGUCCUAUAUAGAUCACAAAUUUUUAUAGAGAAAUCUAAGACAUUGAAUUAUUUCUUCAAUAUAUAUGAUACUUUGGUGUACUGUGAUCUUGCUGCUUUUAUCCUUAUGUCAGCUUUGGUUCUUGUGAGUUUACUUGCUUAUUAUGAUACUUGGAGUCCAUUCAUAGUGUGGGGAAGAAUGAUUUCACCCUACAGAAGGUCUAAUUGAAAUAAUGCUGCUUGUCCCCAAAGAAAUUGUUUGCCUUGUACUCUUGUAAACUUUAGACCUAGACCUGGGAAUGAUUCAACUUCAAGCCUUAACCUGGAAUUUUCUGGAUAUGGGGAAAUCCCCAAGCCUAUGAUCAUUUUCACAUUUUCUUUCUCUUACAAAUUUUCUUUUCUGGUGAUAGUCUUUAAAAACAGACAUGGAAAUUGUAUCAUAGGAUUACCCUCUAAAUGUGAAAAAUGUGUAAUUAUGUCUGGUAUUUAGAAAAUUCCCUUUGUGUCCAUUUUGUCCAUAGAAUACAUUUAGAUUUACUUGCAAAGUCAGAAAAAUUUAUUCUUUGGUAUUAAAUCAGACUGAGGCUUUUGCCUUCUUUGGAACAAAAGAUUAUUCAUAACCCAAUGCACAAAGGUUUAAUUUGAGCUACUGCAUGCAUUACCAAGGGGACACUAAGUAAGGCCUUCAAAGAGUUACUCCACGUCUGUGGCCUGCAGUUAUUUCAAAAUUAACACAAUUUCACAUAUAACCAAUAUGACAACAGAGUAUAUAUUUUACACAAAUACCUUCUCCCAAAACACAUUUAUAUAUAUAUAUAUAUAUAUAUAUAUAUAUAUAUAUAUAUAGCUUUAGUGAAAAAGAGAAUGGCUAUAUACCCUCAAAAAUUUAAAAAGAUCUAUGUCUACACACACACACACACACACAGAUGCAUAUAUCAUUUGAUUUAUUUUGGAUUGAAGUGUAUUUUGGAUGAUGAAAAUAUAUGGAGUAGCAAAACAACUUAAAUUAUUUCUCUAUAAGCUAUCCAGAAAAUCACAUCUUCUUAGGUUAAAAUGCCCUCCAUCAAAUGUAUGAAAGUUAUGGCGAUUGCUGCUUUAUUAACAUAUGCCAAUCAAUACUGUAACUGCAUUCUGUGGCAGACUGAAUGUCAGGACUGCAGAAACAAAGAGGCUCCCCUUCGCACAUCUAUGAAUUAUAUGCAUUUCAGUUAUUAAUUUUUUCUUUUUUCUCAGGUGGAUUGAAGCUGACAGUAAAGUAGAUUUUGAGAGUAGUGCAAAUCCUUUCUCUCUAGUUAAAAUACACUGCCAAAAGCCAUCUUUUUAAUCUAAGGAAAAGAUUAAAAAUGCAUGUUGAUAUAUCCUAUCUCACAACUUCCACGAUUACAGUGAAAAAUCUGUUCUCUUUUCAGCUGCUUUUGAAGACUCUUUGACAAGCAGAUUUCAAAAACAGAGAUUUAAAAAUCUGCUUGUUUUACUGGUGAAGGACAUUUGCAUUUUUUCAUUUAAAGGAACUGGUUGGUUCUCCAGGCUCAUUCCUCUUUGGUACUUUGUGUUCUAAUACACAACAAGCUUAUCAUCUUUGAUCAGCUGACAUAUCUUUCAUUUAGCAAACUCCAGCUUUCUCGGAGUUCUGCAUGGUGUUCCCAUCGGAAGGUGUUGUUUGCUGUUGGAAUGCCUUGGUCUGAGUAACUGUCGUGACUGAUAUGAUUAGAAACACCCCAUUCAUCAAGAAUAAUGACUAAUUCUAUUUGGCCUUUCUGAUAUGUAAGAUAACUCACACAUGAAUUGCAAUGGAUUUUAAUUCUAUUUAACAGUAUAUAUUUGUCAAAGAAGAACUGGCAGCAAAAGUUUUGAGUUUUGAAAGUACUUAACAGCACAGUGGGCAUUCGCUCAAAAGAUUACCUUAUGAACAGCAGUCAUAUCAACUGAGUUUUGAAUUUUUUUUUUAAAAAAGGCUUUAUUUACACAAAAUAUCAGGGCCUGAUACCGUUUAAAGAGUAGGCUCUAGAUUUGGACUGUCAUUUCCAAUAGAUCUGACCUUUUCUUCACAUAAAUCAGCAUUAUUUUCUAUGUUUAGGCCCAAAGAACACACAAAAGGUGAAGGAAAUAAAGGGAAUAUAUAUAAGGCAACCAUUUAUCUUUUUGCAUUUUAUCUUAUGGAUUAAUUAAAUUGUGGCCUUUGUUAUUUAUGUAAUGAUUCAUUAAACUAUCUUAUGUAAUAUAUUGAUUUUUA